AUGCUUGUGAUACUGCAUCGCAUCUUAGCACACUUGAGAAGGUCGUUGAUGGCUAUUGGAGGAGAAGAGGCGAAUUGGAGUGUGUACGAGUUGGAGCAAACGCGUGACCCCGUGCAGGCGUUAUGCGAGGACUACGCAGUAGCGUUUGUGGACUGGACGAGAGAAAAGGAGGCCGUGCAUAGCCAGCUCUUCCCCACGCGCUACUCACUACAUCCUCAGUAUCAGCAAGUGCGCAAGGCAUAG